AUGGUGGGUGUUACAUCCACCGAGAAGACAUACGCUAUUAGUUUAUCUUAUUUGGAGUAUGAAAAAAAGGAUAAUUUUAGGUGGGCAAUAGAGGUGUUUCGGUCACUUUUGAAGGAACAAGUCGAGAUGCCUAAGACGAUUGUUAUAGACCGUGAUACCGCAUUGAUGAAUACAGUGACAAAGGCCGGGUUGAACUAUAUUUUUCACGAGGCCAAACGAGGUGAAACUGUCGGUUCCGAUAUCGUAAAGUGUGAUUUCAUUAUUACUAGAAUGUAUGGUCUCCCGUGUGAUUGUGUUAUUGCUAAAAAGGUAAAACUAGGCGAGCCUAUAAGAAUGGACGAAGUUAUCCCUCAUUGGAAAAGACUUAGUUUUGAUGAUGAUGGUUGCAUCGAAGGAGAAAAAUCGAAUAUCUCUAUUACUUCCGAAUUGGAAGCGAUAAAAGAGAGGUUUACGAAGGUCAGUGACAACCUGAAAUUACACAUCGAAGAACAAUUGCGGAAGAUUGGAUAUCCCAAAACAAUCGACAUGAAACUGCCUUCUCAACCGGUUAAGACAAAGGGUGCUCCGAAGAAAUUGAAGCCUACACCAAAUGACAACUCGACUACACGGGCUCCUUCAUAUAGUGAGCACGUCAAUAAACUUUUUCCCGACUCACCGACUCCAAAAUCUCCAAAAUCUCAAACAAGUUCAAACAAGGGAGCUCGUAUAAGCAAACCACCUCCGACACCUAUUCCGCCGAAAAUUCCAGUCACCGAAGAGAUGCCUAUACCGCCAAAAAUUCCAUUCAUCAACGAGAUGUCGGUUUUUAUGCUUCCUUAUAUUGAGCGGAUCAUCAAUGUUGCGGGGGACGUUAAUUGCGGUUACCGUACCGUCUCGGCAUUGCUUGGUAAUGGAGAGGAUAGCCAUACGUUUUUACGUCAUCAACUUAUCAAAGAGUUUAAGACGCAUAAAGAAUCAUACACACGGUUAUAUGGAGAGGAAGUUAAAUUUGAAGCGAUUAACGAAGCUCUUGUUCCUUGGUUGGGUGCUUACGCAUCGGUAUCAAAAUGGAUGAGAUUCCAAGAAAUGGGACAUCUUACUAAUUAA